AUGCCUGCUCUUGACACUUCACCCGUGUCCUCACCCGUCCUCUAUCCCUCAGUCACUUCUGACUUUGAAGCUGCGAAUCGCCGAUAUGCAGCAAAGUUUACCCAGUCCCACUUACCAUCUCCGCCCCGUCGAAAGGUAGCGGUGGUAGCGUGCAUGGACAGCAGAUUGGACGUUGAGAAAGUCCUGGGUCUAGACCUUGGCGAUGCCCAUGUCAUCCGAAAUGUUACAGCUGGUGGUCGUGCUGUAGAAGCACUUCGAUCAAUCUUGAUUUCUCAGCAGAUGCUGGGCACGCGUGAGAUUAUUGUCAUGCACCAUACCGGCUGCGGCAUGCAGAGCUUCUCCGACACAGAUUUCCGGUCCAAGAUCAGACGAGAGCUAAAGGAAGACGUGGACCACAUGGCGUUUCUUCCCUUCUCUGAUUUGCGGCAGAGCGUCAUUGAUGACGUUGCCUUCUUGCGCAAGAGUCCGUUGAUUUUGGAUGUGCCUAUUACCGGAUAUGUUUAUGAUGUCAAGACUGGUCGUAUUGAGCAGGUUGAUGAGAGGGCUGACUCUGAAUGUUCCAGCCCUUGA